CGACAACGAGCGCGGCCGCGGCGGGCCUCCUGGGCCCGGGCCCAUCGCGCAACUGCGGGCGGACGCUGCUCGGCGCGACGCGCUGCUCGCAGUCCUACCCGUGGAGGCCUCCGCAGGCGAGCAUGACGGGUUCGUGGAGGUGCCCGGCAUGGACGCGUUGCCGCCGGACCAGCAAUGCCACGAGGAUGGCUACUCGAUGCCCAUGAUGGAUCUAGACGCCUGCAAGCGCGCCUGCGCCAUGGACGGGCCUGCUGCGGGCGUCUCGUUCGGCGCCUUCGUGGUCCACGGCGGCUUCGUCUGGUUCCGCCCGCAGCCCGUCGGGGAGUGCCGAAGGAACCUCGUCAGCAGCCCCGGGUGCACGACCUUCCUCAACUACGGCCCCGAGGCCGCGCGCCUCUGCGGCCGCCUCCGCCGGGGGCUCGCGAGGCGGCGACAGCUGCGCGCCGAGGCGGGCGCCCUCGGCGGGGUCGAGCAGGCGUCCGCCGCGGGCUCCCGGCCCGAGCAGGCGCUCGGUGCCGCGGACGGGGAGUUGCGGCGCAAGGCUGCCCUCGCCUUGCAGCUGCAGGAGCGGGUGUGCGGGCUGGAGGCGCAGCUGCAGGAGGAGGCUCGCGGGGGGGGGGCGCCCGUGGGCGGGACCCUCUGGCCAUGGUGGAACCGCGCCUCGGACUGCGCAGGCCGUGCGGCUGGA